GGCUGCUAUGGAAUAGCUGUGUUUCUGUUUUCUCAUAUAUAUCUGGUAGAUAAAUGUUCACAAUUCAUUUGUGAAGAUAACUUGGAAAACUGUUUGAAGAACUGAACACAAUAUGAAGACGACUUCACUGAUAUUGCUUGGUUUUGCGAUUUUAGCGGUGAGUUUGGCCGCUAAGGGGAGAAAAAAUGCACGAGAUUUAGAUAAUGCAGCUCCUGAGAAACCAGCAUCUGAUUCGGCCAAAGGUGAUAAUGAUGCAAAGCCAGCUGAAGCCCCUAAAUCAAAGAAAGGUGCCAAAUCUGCACCUACUGACACAUCUAAUCCAAAAAAAGGUUCCAAAUCAGCGCCUGCAAAGAAACAAAAACAAGCAGUUGAUGAUACUGACCUUUCAAUUGAUGCAGAUGAUAUUUUAAAGGAUGAGGAUGAAGAUGUAGAAAUUGAUGGCGAUGAAGUUGAAAUUCCCGACAAAGAUGAUCUUACCUCCGAAGACGAUCCUGUAGAGUUGGCUAAAAAAAUAAGGAACAUUAAAGACGAAGAAAAACGACAAGAAUUAAUUGAUGAAUUGGAAAAUCUCAAGGAUGAACAUGAAAAAAUUUUACCAGGUAAAUUUUACAGAGCCGCAUAUGCUGCUCUGGAUCCUAAAAAUGCUGAAAAAGCUGCAGCAUUUUGGCAAAGGAACUUGGAUAGGACAAUUGCAAAAGCAAAAAAAGAUAUGAAAAAAGCAAUGGGUAAAACAAGGGGAGGCAUCGGCAACGCUGUUGGAGAAGCUCAAAAACUCAUUCAAGCUGACCCAAUAGGUAUAGCAUUACGAAAAGGAGAAUCUUUCUUCCUUACUGCACUUGCAGAUUCGGCGAAAAAUUGGGGUAAAAUUGCAAGCCUAGGACAUGAUGCUGUAGGAAACGUUUCUCAUUUCGUUAGAGCAGCUACAUUCCCAGUUGAUGGAAUUCCAAUUCUCAGAGAUAUCAAGAAUAAUGUUCAUAAUUACAUUGAAGAAAAUGCUCAGAGAAACAAAAAUCUAUCUGAGUUGUUUGCAAGUGAUGCUUCAUCAGCAUUGAACUAUGCCGCAAAAGAUGCUGAAGAACAAGCCAAUGCAAGAGAACAGGUGCUGAAGAGGCAGUUUUCUUCUAAUAAACGUAGAUCGUAAAUUUGUCACUCUUUUUUGAUUUGAAUUAUUAAAGUGUUGCAUUUGUGAGA